AUGCUUCCUGCGAUUCGGGCGCCAUGGUCUAGAGUGCAUCGAAGCAAGAACGUGGAUGGGAAAGUGGCGGUGCAAGCAAAACUCAGCCCGCAGCGAGACUUGUCACAGGAAGCUACGACCCAGCCCAUAGAUGAGCACGAGGACGACCAUUUGAACCAGAGCCGCGGCCUCGAUGCAGCAUCACUGGAAGCGCAACGUCCUGACUCCUUGCAACUGGACAGACUCAAGAGCGCCAUUUCUUCAGUAGAGCAAGCUGGGCCGUCCCGACAAUCCUCUGAACAUCUCUCGCAGGCGAUGAUGGAAUCUCUGGAGGAUGCAGCACGACACGCCCGACGACAGCUUAGCCGUUCCGAUCGGGAACGAGUCGACAAGUAUCUGCAGAGAUUGCGCCUUUUGCAGGAAUUAUCUCGAGAUUUUGCCCGAUACGAUGCGUCGUGCCGAGUGCCCAUGCGUGAAGCGCUUCAGAGGCUCACUGCGAUAGCGUUUUGCGGUGGCGGUGUUCUCGGCACUGCCUAUGUCGGCGCGCUUUCGGUGCUCGAGCAGCACGGGCUCGAUUACACCCGAAUAAAACGAUUCGCCGGGACCUCCGCUGGGGCCAUCAUGGCGUCGACGCUCGCUGUGGGCUAUCGAGCUGCUGGCUGUAUGCGACAGCUCCAGGCGCUCAACUUUGACGACCUCAUGUCGCCGGAUUUGAGUGCGCUGACUCGUGGUCGCGGUCUGAGUUCGGGGCGUGCUUUGGAGCGCUGGAUGGGGCAGGUGCUCGCCGAGCAAACCGGAGAUCCGAACAUCACCAUGGGCCAGGUUCUUGAGCGGUACGGCAAGGAGCUCGUCAUUGUGACGACUGAACUGGACACCGGCCGCGAGCGCAAACUCACGCCGCAUAGUGAUCCAGACCUGCCGGUGAAGGCCGCCGUGCGCAUGUCCGCUGGCAUUCCCAUUGUUUUCGACGUGUACGCGUACCAGGGACAUCAGUACUGUGAUGGAGGACUCGUCAAUAACUGGCCAGUCGAUGCAUUGCCACAGGAUGGCACCGGCCUUGGUAUGGUGACCUUCUCCUUCAAUGACUUUAUUCACUAUGAGCUGUACCAUCUUUUGUGGGAUCCGAUCCCGCCGGAAACGCGUGGCUUUGACUAUGAACGCAUUGGGCAGGCUUUCGCCCAGGCACUCUACAGCCACUCGGAGAAGACGACAUCAAUCUUUGGGGUAGCGACACGAAGCAUGCGCAUUAUCUACGAUCGGCUAACCCGCGAGCAAAUCUAUCGCUACGCAGAGCGCUGGCCGGGCGGUUUAAGCAUGCCUCGUGCCGUCUUCCUCUGCGUCGGCGAGUAUGGCGCGCUGGACACGGAUAUCUCGACAACCGGUCAAUUGGAGUUGUUUGAGAUGGGUCGCCUUUCUAUGUACGUAGAGAUUCAGCGCUUCAUGCACGAGCUGGAGUAUGCGAGUACCCAUAGCGGAUCCUCGCUUCGUGAGGCGUUUUCCGCGAACCCCGACCUCUACGGAGAACGCGUCCACGCGGCCCAGGCUCUGUACCGAGAUAGGCGUUUAUCGUCGCAGCUCAGCGAGAGCGCAGAUGCGGAAAACGGCGACGCAUCAUCGCAGCAGAACCCACAACAUCUGCUGGAACGAACGGAGCAGCGUGGUCGCAGCUCCCGUUCUGUGCAAGCGGCCACUGAUGCUGGUACGGAGUCGGUGCAAGGCAGUUCGGCAGUAGCAGCAGCAGCAGCAGCAACAGCAGCGUCUUUGGAGGCGCCCGUCGAGGAGCGAGCUCGACCCGACGACGCGCAUGUUCGCUUCGCAGAUGACGCCAUCGGCACCGAAUCCACGGCAUCAAUGGAGGUGCCAGAGAGCUCCUCAGAUCACGAUUCGAUGGCGCAUGGUCGUCGACCCUGGCAGGCUCCGGAAGAACUCUUUUGGCGGCAUAUCUUUCUCCUAUCACUUCGAGAGGGUCGCAAAUUGGGACCGAACGUGCACGCGCGCCUCUUCCCUAGUAGGUUGCGUCGCAAGUACCGCAUGCGCGGCCUUCGCGCGGAAGCGGUGCUCAUCCAACAGGAUAUUUCGCGCCAAGUUCGCAGUAUAUGGCAGAGCAUUCGACUCUGUGGCAUUGGCUGCUUAGCGCUGACGAUUCAGUGCGUAACCUGUUGGCAGGUAGCGCGUUGUGUGCGCGACGAUGACGGCGUCGACGACCUCGCUGACCUUGCUGACGCUGCGACCCCAGCGGAGCACGUGCCCACUGCUGAGGCGUAA